UCGAACCAUGAAAAUACGCUAUCAUUAUUUUCAAAUACGUGUACAGGUCGUCCCAUAUUCAGAGCAGUAAUUUCUUCCAAAAGAUUUGAAAAGUUACUCAAAUGUAUGAGGUUUGAUGAUGCUUCCACUAGAGUCCAACGGUGUCAGGAGGACUCAGCAGCGGCAAUAACUAGCGAUGCAACUCGUAAAGCCUCAUAUUGCAAAAAGGUUUGAAAAUCCAAAAUUGAACAAAGAACUUCAAGCUCUUAUCAAAGGCGCUCUUGGAGUCGACGAUCUUAGGAACGAACCAUCAACAACUGUGUCGCCGCCCAAGAAGAUCACUGAAAACUAGCAAUCUUUUGUCUAGAAUGUCAUUAUUAUUCAGCUAAUUUUUUUUGUUUUGCUUUAUUUUGUAAAAAAAUUAAUAAAACCUUCAAAUAUUUACACUAUGCUUUUAAUUUUAUAUGUAAAAAUCUAAAGCGGUAUCACAUACCGAUACUCGCGAUUAACGUUAAAUUAAUCAACCUCGCGGGUUAAGGGUUAAUAUCCACGUCUUCGUCUUCACUGUCCUGUUGUACUAUUUCCGGGCCAACAGCCUGUAAUACUGUAUCAUAGUACCACUGGUCGUUUUUGG